AUGGAAGAACAAUGGGAUAAAAUUCGCAGUCAAAUCGAUUCGAAACUUGAUAACCAAAGGCAAAUUGCUGUUACGCUUCUUGCAAUUGAAGAAACCAUCAAAGAACAAAAUGUUUCCUUAACACCCGUUGCUUAUUUUGGCACUUUGAUGACAAUGCUGGAGGAGCAAAGCAAAGACGUUUUCAAGGAUUCGAAGAUUGAAAUUCGGAGAGCGAUACUAUACCUCUUAAACAUAAUACUUCCACACUUAGCACAAACAAUAUUGCGUAAUAAAUUUUCCCAAAUUUUACCGAUCCUCUUGGAAACCUUAGAAAAUGACAAAAAUGACGCGUCCAUUGUCCGUUCGGCUACAGGUUGUUUGGAAACUUUAAUAAUAGCACAAGAGUUUAAUGCAUGGAGUCAACCGAUCUUGAAGAAAGGAUUCCAGUCGUUGUUGAUCCUCUCAGUAGAUCAGCGGCCUAAACCAAGGAAAAGGGCACAUGAUGCUGUGCGAAAGAUCCUUAAUAGUUCUCUGUCAUCAUCAUUGAGCAAGCAUCCGGCCAUUGGUAUUACCUCGGAAUUUUGUUUGGGAGUUAUAAAAGAACAUUCGAAAUCUGAUCGACAAUCCGUGAUUCACAUUUUAUCACUCUUAAAGGGAAUAGUCGGAAAAUGGCCAGUUUCAGCUCUUGGAAAGUUAUUUGAAAAUUUGCUACAUUUACCAAAGCUCAACGACAUGUUUCUCACGAUCGCUACUUUCCAAGUUUUCGAAGAAUUAUUUCACAAUGGUGAAAAUAACCUUGAGAUGAAUGCCCUUGAGGAGUUACUCAAAGCUUUGUUCGACCUCAUGCCAAAUAAGCAAGAUGCUCAAUUAUUGCCUCAUUGGCUUAUGAUCGUGAGCAAUGGAUUUUCAGCAUAUGCCAAGGCAAAUUCGAAUGGAUAUGCGAAAAUGUUUGUGGAUUUCUUCACUGCGAUAUUUUCCAUUCUUGAAGUUGACGAUCAAAACAUCCUUGUCGCAAGUACUAAUUGUCUCUCGAGUCUCAUUAUGAAUGGUAUCUCCGAUGACAUUAUUCAGCAAAAAGUCCUACAACCUGAAUCAGAUAAUUUGUGUUUGGAUGUGCUCAUUCGAACCGUUGAGGGUGGUUUCAACUUUCGAUACCAAUCGGCGUGGCCGUGUGUUCUGGAAAUUUCAAAAGCGCUGUUUCAACGACUACAUCGGUCUUCACAGAAACUUUUGAUUAACCUACUUAAAAUAGUGGGAGACGUGCGGAUGGACCCUUCAUUUGAACUAAAAGAACAAGCUGAUCGGGCACUGGGUGCGGCAAUCGCGAGCAUGGGACCCCAAUUGUUCCUGAGUGUUCUGCCGUUGAACCUACAAAAUUCAGAAAACGAUACUGGACGUGCUUGGCUUCUUCCCUUGCUCAAAGAUCAUAUUACCAACACAGAGCUCGGUUACUUCUUCUCGAAUAUAGUACCCCUGGCCGAACGACUUGAUCAAUUGUCUUCCGAAUUCCGAAAUGAUAAUAGGAUGAUCGAGUCAAAGGUUUACGAUACAUUAGUGCAGCAAGUAUGGGCUCUUCUUCCAGGAUUUUGUGAUCUUCCCAUUGAUUUGCCGACAUCAUUCACAGGUGUCAAAGCCGAACUACUUGGCAAUGUUAUAUAUAAAAAGCCAGAACUACGUCCAACUAUCGCCUCGGCACUUGAAAAUUUAGUAGAAAAAAACAAAAUCAUUCUGAAUUCCGAUGAAAAAGAUGAAGAAUUAUUCAAGAAAUAUCAUUUAAAUAAGGCCUCGGCAAAGCUUAAUGUUGAGCAUUUGGUUAAAUAUUCUGCAAAUUAUUUGGCGGUUUUCUUUAAUGUCUUCAAUCAAACGCCGCUAGCAUACAGAGGAUACAUAUUGGACGUUAUUAAGGUUUACUUGACAAUCACUCCAGCUAAAGAGAUUUCAAAGAUCUUUGGUAAAGUCGUGAAUUUACUAAAACAAUCCCUGGCAAAUCAUAAACCGCUCGACUCGAAUGAUCAAACUUCAUCUCCUCCGAUGUCAUACACAAUGUUGGACUUAUCAGUCGCCAUGAUACCACAUCUUGAUGCAAAAUCAAUUGGGCAAUUAUGUGAAGUCGUUCUGUCGUUAUUGUGCAACGACGACCCCACAUUACAAAAAAAAUCAUAUAAGAUUCUGAAUAAUAUUAUGGAAAGUGAUAAUGGAAAAUUGGUGAUUUUACAAGACAUCAAAAACUUACAAAGUAAAUUAUUAGAUGCCACCAUGGCAUCUGCUCCUGCCGCAAAAAAAGAUAGAUUACUGGUAUUGACUAACACAAUCAAACUCUUACCAAGCUCGGAUCUUCACAUGAUUCCAGAUGUACUUUCGGAAGCAAUCCUUUGUACGAAAGAAGUCAACGAGAAAGCCAGAACCACUGCAUAUGAGUUACUCGUGGUCAUGUGCAACAAGAUGAAAGAAGGUGGUAUCAUAAUAAUGAGCAAGGUAACGGGAGCUGAUCAAACACUGCCAAACGCACAGGCUUCCAUUGAUGAGUUUGUGUUUAAUAUGGUGGUCGCCGGUCUUGCUGCGACCACUCCUCAUAUGAUUAGUGCUACCAUCACAGCAUUGUCGAGAUUAGUAUUUGAGUUUAAGAACGAUCUUGAUAAAUCGCGUCUCCACCAACUUAUUAGUACAAUAGACAAUUUUGUAAAUUGUACGAAUCGAGAGAUUGUCAAAUCAGCAUUAGGAUUCGUCAAAGUUAUUACGAUUUCCUUAGAUGCAGUUUUUUUGGAGUCGCACUUAUCACAGAUUAUUCUUGGGAUUCUUACAUGGUCUAACGAACACAAGAGUCAUUUCAAAGUCAAGGUGCGACAUAUUUUUGAACGUUUGAUUAGACGGUUUGGGUACGAUAUAAUAAACAACUGUGUGCCGGAAACAGAUAAGAAGUUGCUGGUAAAUAUUCGUAAGAGAAAAGAUCGAGCGAAAAGGAAAAAAAGUGCUGCACAAACCACAGAGAUAGAUGAUGAGAGUGGUGAACAAAGCGAAAAGAUAUCGCAUUCUAAAAACAAGCCCUUGUUUAACAGUGCGUAUGAAGAAGCGUUAUAUGGAAGCGAGAGUGACCUAGAGGAUUCUGAUGAGGGAGUUGAGCCGAAAAUUAGAACUAAACCUUUGAGCAAACAAGAUAAGAAGUCAUCUAAAUCAUGGAUAAAAGAGGACACGGAUUCUCCAGUUGAUUUCUUAGACAAGGGCGUAAUAUCAAAAGUCAUUGGGGUGGACCCUACGAUUAAAAAGAAUUCAAAAGGCAUUGCGUUUUCCUUCAAAGAAUCCGGCGAUGGGCGUAUGAUAAUCAAUGAAUCAGAUGAAGAAAUCUCGGAUAUGCCUAACGGAUCAAAUUCUUCGGAUGUCGCAAUGCAGGAGGCGGAGGAUCAUUACAGAGAAGCGAAGCAGUCUGCUGACGGUUUUACGCGUAGUCAAAAUAAUAAGAUCAAGUUCAACAAAAGAAAUAGAGAUGGUGAUAUGGAAUUGGAUGAGAUAGAGCCAAUUGAUGCUAUUGCGAAAAGAAGGAAAAAAAAUAAGCAAGCAAAGAAGGUUGAAAUUAUUGGGAAGGAAUAUAAGGCAAAACAUGCAGAAGGUGACAUUAAACGGAAAGGAAAGCCUGAUCCAUAUGCUUACGUUCCACUUGCAUCGAUGUAUAGAAAGAAAGGCCAGAAAGUAUCAAAACUAUCUAUAACCAUGAAAGGGAAGGUGCAUAAAAGAAAUCCAAAAGUUAAUAAAAAGUGA